UCACAUGAUGUACUCAGAAAUUUAUUUAUUCUUAAACUUUUGCUUUUGCUUUUCAAAUGCUCUUCCGCUGUCAAUGCGACCAAUACGAAUGCAAUAUUAGCCGUUAACAGUUAUUCGUCAAAAUGUACGCAGCAGCUGGAGGUGCAUCGUUGGCCUCUCGGCAAGCACGACAACGGCAGCGACAACAGAAAAAGACACAGCAGCUUCAAGCGAAACUACAUCCACCUAGAACUGCUUUAUUACCUGCCGAACAUGGCGUUUCCACGCCCACUCGUCAAUCUCGACAAUUUCAUAACUUGCCCACAAAUUACUUACGUACUCCACAAUUUCACGCACGCAAACUUAGCGCAAGUUACACAGCACAAUCAAAACUGUUACUGCCAAUCGAUGAGAGUGAUACGCAAUCCAUGCUGCACAUACGUAUGCAUGCACAAGCGCACAAACAUCACACACACCAUUCACAUAGUCAUGCUCAAGCGCAUGCCUAUCAAUAUAAUCAUCAGCAGCAACAUCAACAAACUGCAGGCAGUAGUCAUCUUCAUGGACGUGUAUCACCAAAAUUAGUCCACCGACAUUCGGGCAGCAGUGGAAAUAGUUUCCAUCACAUGUAUGUGCCGAAAUCUGCAACAGCCACUUUACCGCUUGUAUCUCAGGUUGAAACUACUCCGCCAUCGACACCAACAGGCACUGGUACAGGCACCGCAAAAAUCAGUGAUUCAACAGAGGGUCCUGCUGUAGAUCAUGAUGCAAUAACUGUACCACAGCUUGAUGCUGUUAUAGUGACCCCAGCCACACCUACAGCGUCACCGUGGCAUGGUGCGAAAAUACGUGAUGAGUUGCCGGAUACAACACAUGAAAAACAACCACUUACCACUGUCCAAACAAGCGAGGACGAACCAUUUAAAGAACCACCUAUUACUCAAUUAGAACGAAAAUGUAGUGUAUAUCGCAUGCGCCGCAGCGAUGAUUUUGAAAAUGAGGUUGAUAUUAAUGAAAGCUGUGGAGUAAAGCAACAACUGAAAGAAUUGCAAUUUAACCAGCAGCAGCGAUACUUACCACUGCUAUCUGAUGAACCGCAAGUAGUAUUCAAGGGUCUUAAUGGACGAAAAUCAUGGCAAGUGUGCGCUUAUUGUGAGGAAGGCAUUUGUGUUUGUGAACAUAUUGAGUGCGCUCAAGGACGAGCAGCUUGGCUGGAACGUGGCCGUCGUUGCAGCGUGCAGGAAAGUCAACAACAGGCUGCUAGUUGCCACCGUCGCUGGGUGAAACGAAAUCGCAUUCAGGACGUUUCUGUUGGUGGCUCUUCAGAUGACGAAGACUUUUUGGGUGUAUUAAGAGGUCCUAGCACUUUUGCUAAUGCUUUUUUAUAUAUGGGCUUAGGUACGAUUGCUUUAGGUUUAGUUAUAGCCUUUGUUGGUACUGGAGAAAAGGGCUUUAAAACGGUAGAACUAAGGUUUAUUGGACCAUCAUUAAUUGGUCUUGGACUCGUUUGUUGUAUAUUACGCAUUCUUUUUUGUAUAUGUCCUUCUCAUUGUAUAUCAUCAAGUAAGCAAACAAGAAAGAAAAACGGUAAUAAAGUGGACGUUGAUCAUACAACUUCGCUAUUGCAUGGAGAGAGUAAAAGAGUAUCUAUAGCUAGAGGACCAGCAAUUCAGUUAAAAUAUCCAAUAGCACACAAACGAAGCAAUAGUAGAAUGCUCAACGAAGGAAUGGAAGCUCUUCGACAAAUUGCCACUACAUCGCUUUUUAUGCAAAAUGAGCAAAAACAUGACUUAAAUCGAGUAGUACCCAUCAUCAAUGAGCCUAUUUCGUCAGCUGAUGCUCCAUUAGAGAUGAAAAAACUUGAUACUGUUAUUAAUGAGAUGAGUGACGAUGAAGAACUUAAAUACAAAAAUAUCAAAGAAGUAACUGCAAUCAAUAUUAUAUCAGAGCAAACAGAAGAUACUUUUAAUGCGAACACAUCCUCCGUAACAACAAAUAUAAUGUUAAAAACAAGGGUUUCUGACUCCAAUACGUUAGAAACAUCCGCAUCUACAGGUAGCAAACUUAACCGACAAAGAUUUGCACUAAAUCAACAGCAUACUCAGAUCGAACAGUCCCAAUCAUUACAAAUGAUAGCACUUAAAAACGAUGAUGGAGUAUUUGUAGAAACUUCAUUAAUGAACAUAAAAAAUACUUUAAAUAGUGAUGAGCCAUCUACAAGUACGAUACAUUGUAAGGAUAACAUAAAUAAUUCAAUAGCAGUAACAACAGUAACAACUUUAACAACAACCACAACGUCACCGCUUUAUUUAAAGCCCACAACAAAUGAGGGAUUAACUAGCACCAGCGUAACGGACUUCAAGCUCCCAUUAUUUUCCGAAUCGCCAAUAUAUAAAUACGACACCACUAUUACUUGUUUACCAUCCACUUUACAAUCAUCAUCUAUGGGAGUACCGCUAGCGAUACCACAUACAUAUUCUACAGCUAUGUCGCCUUCAGUUCCACGUACACCAGCCAAUCGGGAUUGCUUAACACGUAUUCAAAUGGAUACACAAACAGCUUCAUCAAUGUCAGCAGCAUUAGAUCUAACAACAGCUUCUGCGAGCGAUAUAAAAGAAACUUGUAUACCUGGCCAAGUUAUGGACAUUACUGAAAACUCAGAUACAGGGCAUUUAUUAAGUGACCAACAACGAUUUAGUACGAAUAUAAUAAGUUCACCUAACAAUACAUCGAACACAAGCAACAUGCUAUCACAUAUAUCUUCUCCAGUCAUUACACCAGUAAGCUUUAAGUAUCCUCCACCUUUGUCACCAACAUUCAAUUCGAUGGGCGCUUCUACUAAUGGCCGCAAUACUGCAAUAACUACAACAGCACCGACAACUGCAAUAAACACAACCAAUCUGACAGAAGCAUCAACGUCAAUAGCUGGAACACCUUCUAAUAAAUUCGAAGCAGAACUAGUGCUUAGUCCAGCAAUGCUAGGACAAUAAUCCUUUUUUAGAAAGAUUUUUUAUUUCGCUUUCAUAUGAAAGUAUUAUGUAUACAUUACUUGUAAAGUGAUGUCAGGAUCCUUGGAGAGCAAUCAUAUUAAGUCCACUUUAAAAUAAAUUUUGCCAAAUUAAGAAUUUUUUUACAACCAUAAUAAUAGGAGUAUUCACUUCUUAGUGUAAUUGUGUUGAAAAAAAGUGUUUACACAUCACAAUUCUUCAAAAAUUGGGGAUAAUACUUUUAGUGAAGCCAGAACACAUCAUUAUCUCCAUUAUCUCCAAUUAAACAACAAUCGUUUUAUUCUGUAGUUACAAAUGUCAAAAUAUAGUUUCACAAAUGAUCAUCUGUUGCACUACGCAGAAUUGAGCAACAGUUGCUGGGUACUAAAUUCAAUCCCGUUGGACUAUAGUGAGAGUAGACAGCUACUGGAGCGAGAGACUCAAGCGAGGGACUCAAGCCAGAGACUCAAGCCAGAGACUCAAGCGAGGGACUCAAGCCAGAGACUCAAGCCAGAGAUUCAAGCCAAAGACUCAAGACUCAAGCAAGGGACUCAAGCCAGAGACUGAAGCCAGAGGCUGAAUAGUUCGUUGGAGAUAAUGAAAAGUUCUUGAAAGUCUUUCGUCAAAUUUUCAACACAAUUAAAUCAAAAUUGAAUACCUCCACUGUGAAUACAAUAUGUGUCUAUAUAAGGAAUUUUGAAUAUUUAAAACAGAAAUCUUUAUUUUCUAAGUUCUAAGCGAUAUAUUUAGCAAAAAA